AUGCCUGCGGGAGAGGCGCAGUUUCUAGUACCCUUCAUCGUGCCCUUAGCGAUGAGACUACACGCAACUAGCGGGUUGACCUGUGCCAAUGUAUCUGAAGCCAUGGUCGAGGUCUCCAAGCAGAAGAUGACUGGAGAAGGAUGGCGCAAUGCUGAGGUGAAGGUUGCGGAGGCACAGGAUACUCAGCUUCCGACUUUUAACCUCUUCCCAGACGACCAAGCUGCAAUGAAAGAUUGCUUCAGAAUACUUCAACCAGGAGGCACGUUGGCCGUUUUGACAUGGUGUUCAGGUACGUUGACCUUCGAAAUAUACCAGACCAAUCUAACUCGCCACCUGACAACCAUCUGGGUGACACUCAUCCAGUCCGCCAUCGCAAGCAUACCGAGCGAUCUUCCCACGCCGACCACAAAAGACAUAUUCGGCCUGUACAACAAGAAUUGGGCCGACGAGUCCCGUGUGCGGGCCCAGUUUGAGCAAGCAGGAUUUACGGAUAUUAAUGUUACCACCGUGGCAAAGCAAUACCCCGUGCCCGUGCAGGAGCUCGCCGAGGCCUGCAAGAUCAGUCUCUCUCAUAUAACGAAUGGACUUUGCUCCGUGGGGGCUGAGGCGAUCAUUGCAACCGCUCGGAAGCCAUGA